AUGUCCCUCACCGACAUCGACCCCGACGAGGUGUUCUUCACCUUCUCCCGCCUCCGGCCCCAGUUCUCCUGCGGCCGGCGCGUCCGCGACACCCUCGACGCCGCCCUGCGCGGCUCCCUCGUCCCCGCGGACCUGCCCCCCAUCAGCGUCCUGCGCGACCCGGCCACCGGCCACCUCUUCAGCCUCAACAACCGCCGCCUCUACGUCUUCAAGGCGCUGCGCGCCGCCGGCCGCCUCGAGACGGUGCCCGCGCGCGUCAAGCCCGUCCCGCAGACGAAGCGUAUGCGUGACAAGUAUGCCGCGGACAAGUGCGCCAAGACGGCGCGCCUGAUGGGGGAGCGCGAGGCCGAGGCCGUGGAUGGCGAGGCGGAGGGUGUGAAUGGUGAUGAGGAGGAGGGGGGUGGUGAGGCGGCGGAGGGGGCGAAGGAGGAGGGUUCGUCUUCGGUGACGCCGAGGAAGUCGUCAAAGCCGCCGAAGCCUGUCCGCAACAUGGACGACUGGACGGACGAGGAGGACAUUGGAAAGAAGAAAAAGGGAACAAGGGGUAAAAAGGGCCGGUAG